AUGUCUCACGAAGCGGAUAGAGAAUUAGCCAGAUUAUGGAGAGUAUCAAGGACGGUCCACGAGAUGGUCAGAGAUAGGGGAUACUUGGUAGCGGACUACGAAGUGGAUGUACCAUUUGAGCAAUUCAAGAAUGAUUUCGGAGCGACUGGAUCAGUAGAUCGAGGACCAAUGAGUUUCUCGGUGAAGCAUGCCGAAGAUGAAGGGACUUUAUAUGUGUAUUUCUGCGCGGAGAAGAAUGUCAGUAAGGCAGCUAUGAAGACAUUCAUAACUUCGAUGGACAAGAUAGGCGCCAAGAGGGGAAUAAUCAUCUGGUCGGAGAAAAUGUCUCCUGCAGCCAAGAAGACACUUCAAGAACUGGCAUCAGAAUAUCAUUUAGAAGAUUUCCAAGAAUCCGAUUUACUAGUUAACAUAACUCGACAUUUCUUGGUUCCUAAACAUCAGAUUAUGAGGAAAGAGGAGAAAGAUCAGUUGAUUAAGAAAUACCGUCUGAAAGAGACUCAGUUACCUCGAAUAAUGAUAACGGAUCCCGUAGCUCGAUAUUACGGUAUGAAGAGAGGUCAGGUGAUGAGGAUUGAGAGAGCGUCAGAGACUGCUGGGCGAUAUAUCACAUAUCGAAUCUGCAUGUGA